GGGGCUGCUUCCACCAUGGCCUGGACUCCUCUUCUCCUCCUGUUCCUCUCUCACUGCUCAGUUUCCCUCUCUCAGGCUGUGGUGACUCAGGAACCCUCCCUCUCUGCAUCUCCUGGAGCAUCUGCCAGACUUACUUGCACCUUGAGAAGCGACAUCAGUGUUGGUGGGAAAAACUUAUACUGGUACCAGCAGAAGCCGGGGAGCCCUCCAAGGUUUCUACUGUACUACUACUCAGACUCAGAUAAGGAGCUGGGUUCUGGCAUCCCUGACCGCUUCUCUGGUUCCAAAGACACCUCAGCCAAUGCAGGUGUUUUGCAUAUUUCUGGGCUGAAGCCUGAGGAUGAAGCCACCUAUUACUGUAUGAUCUGGCACAGCAGUGCUUCUCACAGUGACACUCACAGAUGGAGAAGUGGCACAAAAACCCCAGCCUGCCCUGGGAAUUAG